UCUCCUCAGUCACCCGCCGGCGCCGCCUCCUCUCCGCUCCGCUGCGGAGGACAUUGGACAGACUCACUGCACGGGGACACACACAGGCCACAGAGUCGAGUCCAAUCCUACCACUGCUGCUGAGCCCCUUGGGAGAUCCAUCCAGACCUUUUCUUCUCAUCCUUCUUUGCAGACCUGCUCAGGACUCGACAGCACUUGUUGACCAACACAGAGUCGAGGCUGCCAUGUCUGUCUGAAUUCAAGGAUCUUCCUGCAGCCAUGGCCCCACAGAGCGCUGAGCUGUCCCACUGCUAGGCGACGGGGCAUCCGAGAGGGCAGAAGACAUGUUGGGACAGACGCCCGGGGACCAUUGCACUGAAUUCUGUUACUAUAGCAACUACUGUAGUAACCAUGGAAAUGCUAUGGAGGACUGGUCUGGUCUGCAUCAUCAUCAUUGUCAUGGUUGCCACAGAGGUCGCAGGAGGUCGCAGAGAAGAGCUUGCUGAGUCACAAGCUGCCUUUCUGACCAGUCUCGGCCAGUAUGAGAUUGCCAUUCCAGUACGAGUUGGACCGAAUGGCGAAAUGCUGGAAGCAGAAACACCUCAACACCACGGAAGAAGAAGACGCAGCACUGAAGACAGGCUGCCUGACUCUCUCUUCUACCAGCUGUCUACAUCACAGAACAACUUCCUGCUGAACCUGACACUGCAGGGAGGCCUCCUGUCCCGGCAGUUCAGGGUGGAGUACUGGAAGCGAGGAAGAUUAGCCUGGAGUCAUCCCUACUCUCCCCACUGUCACUAUGUAGGACACCUCCAAGACCAGCCGACCUCCAGCAAAGUGGCCCUGAGCAACUGUAACGGCCUGCAGGGGGUGAUUGUUGCAGGAGGAGAGGAGUACCUGAUUGAACCCCUUGUCUCACCAGAUAAUCAGACCCGGAUGGAUAGGGGGGAGAGAGCAGAGGGGCGCCCCCAUGUGGUUUACAAGCGAUCAUCGCUCCGCCAUCAGUACAAAGGCCUGUCAUGUGGAGUCAUUGAUGAGAAGCCGAUGAAAACUGCAUCGUGGUGGCAGCGAACUCUGAAGACGCCUCCCCAUCACCGUGGCCAGCUACCUCUAAAGCGCUCAGUUAGCCGAGAGCGCUACGUGGAGACGCUGGUUGUAGCUGACAAGAUGAUGGUGGGUUACCAUGGUAGAAGGGACAUCGAGCAGUACAUCCUGGCUGUCAUGAAUAUUGUUGCCAAACUGUUCCAGGAUUCUAGCCUGGGGAAUGCAGUUAACAUCGUGGUGACACGGCUCAUCCUGCUCAUGGAGGACCAGCCAACACUAGAAAUCAACCACCAUGCAGGGAAGUCUUUAGACAGCUUCUGUAAGUGGCAGAAAACAAUCCAGCACCGGAGCAGCUACGGCAACGCCAUACCAGACAAUGGCAUCGCUCAUCAUGACACUGCUGUACUCAUCACCAGGUAUGAUAUCUGCAUUCAAAAGAACAAGCCCUGUGAAACCUUAGGUCUGGCCCCUGUAGGAGGGAUGUGUGAGCCAGAGAGGAGCUGCAGCAUCAAUGAGGACAUUGGACUCGGAACAGCCUUCACUAUUGCCCAUGAGAUCGGGCACACGUUUGGGAUGAACCACGACGGCAUGGGGAACACCUGCGGACCUCGCAGCCAGGAGACCGCCAAGCUGAUGGCCGACCACAUCACCAUGAAGACAAACCCGUUCAUCUGGUCGGCCUGUAGCCGGGAUUACAUCACCAGCUUCCUGGACUCAGGUAUGGGCUCCUGUCUGAACAACAUCCCCCCUAAGCAGGAGUUUACAUACCCCACCACAGCACCAGGUCAGGCCUAUGAUGCAGAUGAGCAGUGCCGCUUCCAGUAUGGCGUCAGAUCUCGACAAUGUAAAUAUGCGGAAGUCUGCAGCGAACUUUGGUGCAUGAGCAAGAGCAACCGUUGCAUCACCAGCAGCAUUCCUGCUGCAGAGGGAACCAUCUGUCAGACCAACACUAUAGAGAAAGGGUGGUGCUACAAGAGGGUGUGUGUGGCAUACGGGACUCGUCCAGAGGGCAUAGAUGGGGGCUGGGGUCAGUGGUCUCCCUGGGAGGAGUGCAGCAGGACCUGUGGAGGUGGAGUCUCUUCUUCUAUUCGACACUGCGACAGCCCCAGGCCAACCAUCGGUGGAAAGUAUUGUCUAGGGGAGAGAAAGCGCUUCAGGUCCUGUAAUAUUGAUGAGUGUGCUCCAGGCUCUCGGGAUUUUAGAGAGAUUCAGUGCUCUGAUUUUGACAGCGUUCCUUUCCGGGGAAAGUUUUACACCUGGAGGCCCUACAGAGGGGGUGGUGUGAAGCCAUGCUCUCUGAAUUGUCUGGCUGAAGGAUACAAUUUCUACACUGAGCGCGCUCCAGCUGUGGUGGAUGGUACACCCUGCCGAGACGACUCUCUGGACGUGUGUGUAAAUGGAGAGUGUAAGCACGUAGGCUGUGAUCGGAUCCUCGCCUCGGACGUUCGUGAGGACCGCUGUCGGAUCUGUGGGGGUGAUGGGAGCAGCUGUGUCUCCGUUGAGGGAGUCUUCAACGACUCGCUGCCAGAAGGAGGUUAUGAAGAAGUGGUCAGAAUCCCAAAAGGCUCCGUGUUUAUCCACAUACAAGAGCUCAACAUCUCCCUCAACUACCUUGUGCUAAAGAGUAAAGGGGACCAAUACUUUAUCAAUGGAAAGCUGACCAUUGACACGCCACGAAGGUUCGAUAUCGCCGGUACCGUCUUCCACUACAGACGGCCCACUGAUGGACCAGAAACCCUCGAAGCUCUGGGGCCAACAAACAUCACCCUCACUGUCAUGGUGUUAGUGAGGGAGGAGAAUCCAGGAAUCCACUAUCGUUUCAACCCCCCAUUGACCAGAGAUUCUCAGAGUGGCUUUGCCUGGCACUACACUUCCUGGUCUCGCUGCUCAGCUCUCUGCGCUGGAGGCGUGCAGAUUCAGCAGGUGGUGUGUAAAAAGCAGGGAGAUUACUCAGUUGUCUACAACCACUUCUGUGACAAGAAGAACAAACCCAAAGAGAAGAGAAGAUCCUGCAAUACUGAGCCGUGUUCUCCAACCUGGUGGACAGGUGAGUGGUCGGAAUGCAGCCGCAGUUGUAACGGCGGCCUUAGGACGCGGGAGGUUUUAUGCAAAAGGAGGCUCUCCACAACCGAGGAGAAGGUCCUGGACGACUCCGCCUGUUCCUCCCCGCGUCCGUCUCUCACUGAGCCCUGCAGCAACCACAGCUGCCCCCCAGAGUGGCUGGCCCUGGAUUGGUCAGAGUGUACACCCAGCUGUGGUCCUGGCUACAGGCACCGUGUGGUCUUGUGUAAGAGUGGGGAGAGUGGUGACACGCUUCCAGAGUCCAAGUGCCCCAAACAGGGCCGACCCACCUCCAGGGUGCGCUGUAAUCUGCAGCGCUGCCCUCCUCCUCAGUGGGUGACAGGUCCCUGGGGUGAGUGUUCUGCUAAGUGUGGUCUGGGUCAGGAGAUGCGUUCGGUGCAGUGUCUGACCCACACUGGCCAGCCGUCCAAUGAGUGUCUGGAACAUCAGCGGCCAGCAGCUAUGCAGCAGUGCAAGAGCAAAUGUGACCUCAGUCUGCCCGUUAAUAUAGACAACCCUGAAGAGUGUAAAGAUGUGAACACUGUGGCCUACUGCCCCAUGGUGCUCAGGUUCAAGUUCUGUAGCCGGCCCUAUUUCAGGCAAAUGUGCUGCAAGACCUGCCAGGGACACUGACAACGAGGACCCCGUGAAAACUCACAGUCACUCACAGUAAGCCUGAAAACCCUCCCACUGAGCCUUUAACAGCCCUCACACUGCCUCAAUGACAGGAGUGUGACAGAUCUAACUGGGACGCUGUCGGACGGACACCUGGUCCUGUUACUGGACCUUUUACCCAGCCCAUCCAGAUGCCUCUCUGGGUCAAGCUGAGUUAUACAUUCCACUGGAGGGGAGGGCUGCUGAAACCUGGAGAGACAUCUUGUUUUUUAACAAUGAAGCCUCUCUUUAAACGUCCUUCUGUUGUAAUAUUUUGGUGCUACUAUAUUUCACUUUGGCCGCAGGGCUGGUCGCAGUACUCUGUCUGUUAACAGGGGAUAUUUGUUUAGUUAUGAAUAUAAGAAAUCAACUUUGUAAGGAAAAUGAUAUCAUUGUCCAUGAAAAGGAAUAUCAUAUGUUAUCAAAUGAAAGGUUUGUUUGUUAUCUAAUAGCUGUUACUUGACCACAUUGUGUUAUGCCUUUGCUUUGUUUCAUAUCAGAUGUAUUCAGAGUCCUCGCUGUCAUUCAGCUGAAAUAUGAGCAGAGUUUGAAUUGCACAAAGUGUCAGCAGUCAGAGGACUUGUUUUUUUAUUUUUGAUGUGAUUUGAUGUUUUUGUCUCUCUGGAAGCUAAAAAUAUGUCACUGCAGUGAACUGGCCAUCCUCUUGCCAUGUUGGUUAGUUUGCUUAAAUGUUAGUAGCUCUUCAGUAACACAGGACACAAAGAGCAACGCUAGUGCUAACUCACAGGGACAUUUUCAGAUUACAGAAUGGUAACAUGGCUGCUGAAUCUUUCUUUUUACACUUAUUAUGUAGGCUCACUGUGAUACCAGAAUUUUAAACCUCAAGAUGAUUUUUUUAUAAAUCCAACAAUACCAAUCCUGUUUUAUCCUACAGCAACAAAAAAUAGAAGUCCUAGGCACCAAAUAUUUGAUUCUUUCUUCUUUUCAAUCAACAAAAGCUGCAAGCAAACUCCUAUAUGCUGUCUAAAAUUCACAGAUGCAUUGGAAAUGUUUCCGUUCCAAGCAUAUUUUUUGAGUGAUUGCAAGGAUCUGCCAAUCAGGACCUUGGUAAGGACAUACCUCAUCAUUAGGGGUUUUUUAUUUGUAUUCACAUAGCAAAUUAAAACACUAAAGUGACCAAAGCCAACUGUACAUUGAUAUUAUAGUGCAUAUACAACAACAAGCACCAAGGCUUUGGAUUUGAUUUAAAGGUUGUAAAGAAGUUUAGACCAUCUGUUCAUUUGUCAAUGUCUUGGUCUAAAUAUAAAACUUAAGUCCUUCACAUUCUUUGUAGUGUGAUAAAAAAAAGUGGCAGAAUCACUCAACUUUUCUCAGAUGAACAAUCUCUUGAUGCAGAAGCGCUUAGUGACUAUAUCUCAAAAUCCAUUAUCGCUGCUCUUUGCCGUAGGUUUUUCUGUUGUUUGCAUUCAUUUCCACCAUCACGCUUCCUCUCAUUGACAACACUGAUAACUUUUACCAUGAGAGCACAGUGAGACACAGUGAGUCAGCUCUGCCAGUAGGAAGAGUAAAGACCUCUGACUGUGCUGCUUUUUAUAGCAGGAGUGAAAAUCUGAGGAUGGAUUUACACACCCAUAAAAUAUCUGAUAUCUGUGAGGCACAGAUCCAAGGAUUCAUGGCAGUCAGAAACCAUCUGCUAUGCAGAGAUAGCUGCUCCAAACUUUGAUAUUAAACCUACAUGAACAACAACAAAAUGUGGAUAUAAACACAACACUGACAUUUCAAGAUUAACCAUGGAAAUUUUUGCUUUCAUGCCUACUUCGUCAUUAUCUUUUGCCAAACAUGACAAUGAUCCUGGCUUUUGCAAUGUUUAUUGGUCUUACAAGGCAGAUGUUGAGCCAUAAUUCUGGAAAUAAAAUUACAAGCUAUUUUCACUUUUGGAAAAAAGUAAGAAAGAUAACUACAGACAACUUCAAAACCUGUUCACUAUAUAUAAAAUGAAACAAAUUCAACCCUUACAUCCGGACAAAAAAAAGCGAAAAUCUUCAGCAAAGACACUAUUUUGGGUAAUUGCUUUUGUUUAGUCAAACAUCUGCAUUUACAGUAAACAUUCUUUUUUACAUCACCCUCUAUAGAAGAUAGAUUGAGGUUAAAAAUGUCUUUCAAGAGUUUUCUGGCAAAGACCAGCAGCAGCACAUGUAAGUUUCUGGCAACAGGACCUACAUACAUAAAAGUCAAACAAAUUUAUUGAAAAAUAAAAAGUAGAAACAGCAAGUAUUUGUCAAGAUUGACAGCAAUCAAAAGAACAUCAGCUGAAAGAUCUGGAGCCAGAACUGUCUGCCUCUUGGCCAAUAAAAGCCCUGCCUAAAAUUAUCCAAUGAAACAGCUCAUUAAGUUUCAAGUCUUUUUGUAAUUUGUUCCAAAGAAGCAUCAGAUUUUUUAGUGUUUUUCUCCAGUUUAUUUCUGACCAGUGAAACAGACAGCAAAGAAAAAAUCCUUAGACUUAAAUUUUAUAAGUUCUUGUACUCUAAUGACUGAUGUAGAUCACAGGGUUUGGAGGAAGCAAACUUAAACAGCCUAACAAGUAGGGAUGCACAAAGUUUAUUUUUUCCUGAUAUCAAAUAUGCAGAUAUUGACAAACUAAUUUCAGCAGAUACCGAUAUUGAUACCAAUAUUUAAAUGUAGUUCAGACCUCAAACUUCAGUCCUCCAAGCACACCAUUUUAAGUUUGAGGGUGAACAAACUUCAGUCCCUAAACAUACUUUAAAGUCCAAGGAAUGAUGGUGAAUAAAGAAAAAGAGCAGCCUAAAAGUCUGCUAAAUUAUUUUGUUGUAUUAUUAUGGCAAAUUGGGGAACCAUGGGGAUCAACAAAACAAUAAAUUUUGCUGUAGUACAUCAUAACGUUUUUCUAGAAUGUAAACCUAUUGUCUUGAAAUAGAAUUGCCUUUAUUUGAUCAUGUUUACAAUGUGUACGAGCACAUUGAACUAAACCAUUUUGGAAACUAAUGCUAGACUUCAUAGUUAAGCCAUAAUGUGUUAAAUGGGGCAGAAACCAGCAGAAAAGUGUUGAAAAGGGGUUCAAAAGAGGCCCAAAAAUGGGUUGAACGGGGUAAAAAAAGGUUUAAUAGAGGCAAAAAAGGAUGAAAAUUGGCCAAAAGUUG